CUUCUCGGGUCUUAAAGUUCCAAACUCCUUUUGACUAUUUCAAAGAGUCAUAUCCUGAUAACUGCCUUACCCCUGAUAACUGCCUUACCCCUGAUGUUCCACUUCAUGUAUUCGGGUGUGUUGUGUUUGUCCAUACCUAUGGUCCUAAUCGAACCAAAUUUACCCCUCGGGUUCAGAAGUGUAUUUUUGUGGGAUACCCCCUUCAUUAAUGCGGGUACAAAUGUUACCAUCCUUCUUCCCGCAAGUGUUUUGUCUCCAUGGAUGUUACCUUCUUCGAAGACCGUCCCUUUUUUCCCCUUAGUCCUCUUCUGAGGGAGAGUAUAAGUGAAGAGUCCAACUGGGGUCUAAGUCCUUGCCUGCCAGACUUACCUGAGUCCAUUCCCAACACAAAUGUCAAUGCUCCUAUUCUUCCUACCGAGAAAGUCCCAUGGAUCACGUACUAUAGGAGGAAUCUUAAAAAGGAAAUAGUGCCGCCGAUCACUUCUCCAGCUCUAGUACAUGAGUCAGAACGAGUGACAGUUCCAGGUACGAAGUCUUCUAUUCCUAAUAAUGAUAACAUGUGUGGUGAUAAUGCUUGUGUUGAAAGUAGUAUAAGCAGAGACAGUACCGAGAAUGUGACUAAUGUGGAUACUGAUCACCAUGAUAGUACUGACAGUAACAGUGACAGUACUGAGAAUGUGGCUGGUACGGGUGAAGGCAAUAAUGAACUCUAGGUUCCGACUGAAAAUGUUGAAGAAGGUACAGAUGAGACAAAACAGGAUAUUGAGUAUGAUGAGAAGUCAGAAGAACAAAAAGACCCAGAUGAGACAAAGCAAGAUACUAAGUGUGAUGAGAAAUCAGAAGAACUGGAAGAUCGUGAUGCCUCUCUUGACAUUCUUAUUGCUUUGAGGAAAGGAACGAGGUCUUGUACCAAGUACCCAAUGCAGAGUUAUAUGUCUUAUAGUAACUUGUCUUCGGUGUUCAAAGCGUUAACUACUAACCUCGACACUGUUACAAUACCAAGCAGCAUAUAUGCAGCUAUGGAAAUUCCUGAGUGGAGAGUCGCUGUCAUGGAAGAAAUGAAAGCUCUUGAAAAGAACGACACAUGGGAACAGGUCACUCUUCCCGAGGGACACAAGACAGUUGGUUACAAAUGGGUGUUUAUUGUUAAGUAUUGACCUGAUGGUACGAUCGAUCGAUACAAGGCACGGUUAGUGGCCAGGGGUUUCAUUCAGACCUUUGGGAUAGAUUACUCAGAGACUUUCUCUCCAGUAGCAAAGUUAAAUACAGUUUGUGUGCCCUUCUCGGUUGCAGUUAAUAAGAAUUGGCCUUUGCACCAGUUUGAUGUGAAGAAUGCAUUCCUUAAUAAAGAAUUAGAAGAAGUUUACAUGAGUCCGCCUCUAGGGUUUGAAAAACAGUUCAGUCGCAAAGUUUGUAAACUGAAGAAGUCAUUAUAUGGGUUGAAACAGUCUCUGAGAGCCUGGUUUAACAGAUUUACUACAUUUGUAAAAUUACAAGGGUACAGUCAGGGACAUUUAGACCACACCAUGUUCACAAAGAAGUUUGUGUCUGGGAAAAUGGCAAUUCUUAUUGUGUAUGUUGAUGACAUUGUAAUCUCGGGGGAUGAUGCUUCAGAAAUAGACAUAUUGAAAAGAAGGAUGGCUGAAGAAUUCGAGAUCAAGGAUCUUGGAAGGUUAAGGUAUUUUCUCGGAAUGGAGGUGACCCGGUCGAAAGAAGGCAUCUCUGUCUCUCAACGAAAAUAUACGCUAGAUUUGCUUAAAGAGACAGGUAUGACAGGAUGUAAACCAGUUGACAUUCCUAUGGAAGUAAAUACUAAGCUUAGUGAUCUGAGUAGUAGUGCACCAGUUAACAAGGAGAGGUAUCGGCGUUUAGUCAGGAAGUUAAUUUAUCUUUCCCAUACGAGACUAGAUAUUGCAUAUGCAGUAAAUGUGGUUAGCCAGUUUAUGCAGUCUCCUUAUGAAGAACAUAUGAAGGCAGUGGAACGAAUUUUGAGAUAUUUAAAUGCUUCUCUAGGCAGGGGAUUAAUGUUCAGAAAAUCAGACAGACGAUGCAUCGAGGCUUAUACAGAUGCUAAUUGGGCAGGCUCAAUGGUCGACAGAAAGUCGACAUCGAGUUACUGUACGUUUGUUUGGGGUAACCUUGUUACAUGGGGGAGUAAAACACAAGGGGUGGUUGCCAGAAGUAGUACUGAAGCUGAGUACAGGGCCAUGAGCCUUGGGAUAUGCGAAGAAAUGUGGCUGGAAAAGGUCCUAAUUGAUCUUAACCAAAGUCAUGAUGGGCCAAUGAAACUCUAUUGUGAUAACAAGGCUGCUAUAAGCAUUGCAAACAACCCUGUUCAGCAUGACAGAACGAAGCAUGUAGAGAUUGACAAGCAUUUUAUCAAAGAAAGACUUGAUAGUGGCAAUAUCUGUGUUCCUUAUUUUCCUUCUAGUCAGCAGAUUGCAUAUGUACUCACAAAAGGGCUAUCACGACAACUCUUUGACUCAUGUGUUUGCAAGUUGGGUCUCAUUGAUAUCUACGCUUUAACUUGAGGGGGAGUGUUGAAAAUAGAAUAUUUUCCCUAGGGGUAUUUUUGUCUUUUCAUGUGUACCCUAGGGUUUCAUAUUUUUCUAUUUAAACUAUAGCCUUUGGGCAUUAUUAUGUAUCACAUUAUUAUAAUAAAAGUUCUUUGCACCAUGGUUUUUCCUCCCCGUACUAGGGUUUUCUACGUAACAAGUGUGUGUCAUUUCCUCUUCUCUUUACUUUUCAUCAUAUUUCAUCAUGAGUCCUAUGAAUAAGUUAGGUUCAUGUUUUUACUUCUUCAGUUAUUUUACAGGGCACCUCUAGAGCUACGACGGAGCAAAGAUCAAAGAAUGUAAAAGAAGUACAAGAAAGAAAGAAAAUGAAUCAAAAUGAGGCUACAAGUUUUAAUCCUAUAUGUUGAUAUAGCUUCUAAUUAUUUCUGUCACGAUUGUCUAUGUUUGCAUAUGAUGAGAGCCCAUCUUUUAUCCAGGUUGAGGCAGUUCCUGUUGACAUUAUAAUAUUUACACGGGUUCUUAGUCUUCUAAGAGGUUAAUGUAGGUAUCUCUUCCUUGAUGGAUGUUCGCAUAGCAUAUCUAGAUAUCAUGAGAUCGAUUGCUGAAUUUGUUCUACAAGGAUGUAUUAGCAAAGAGCCAAACAUAAAUGAUCAAUGGAUCUGGAGAACGUCUAUCCACUCUGAUGUUGAAGCUAAACUGAGACAACUUUUAAUCAAGUUGGGGAAUGAGAAUAAAAUACUUGGAAUCCAGGCGUGUACCACAUCUUAAAUAUAUAUAACAUUGCACUAAAUCAUUUUCUAAUAUGUCAAAGUGCAGCUUAAUGCAUAAUGUCUUCAGUUUUGGUAAAUUCUUGUAUUUAAUUAUACAAUGUUUUUCAUACGAUCUAUUACAUUCAUUACAUAUUUGCACA